UGUGUCCGGUGGUUUCACCAUAUAGGGACUCUAGUGUCUAAAAAUGCCAAUUACGAGCUUCACCCUGUGUAUUCGUGCGUUUUGAUUUAUUUUUGGUUGGUGUAUAUGCGGUACAAGUUACACCUUAAUUGUUGUCGUUGGUCGUGAUGUCGUUAUCCAGGACUGGGCAUUAACGACUAUCUUUUGUGCCUAGACAGCUUCGUUGCAUUACGAUGGUAUAAUGUAUGGUUGUUUAGCAUUAUUGCCUUUGUUGUUGCGUGGAUGUGUGUUAAGUUCUGUGCUUCACUCGACGUCAUCUAGUAUCGAUAGCAUCUGUAACAAUGUUGUCUUUUCGAUGACGCUGCUGAGCCAACCUGAGUUGGUGAAGUUGGUAAACAAGACUGAGUGUGGCGAUUAUGCGUUGCUUGGUGAGGAUGUGUUACGAUCAGCUCAUCGUGUUGAGCGUUACUGUUACUCUCAGCUGUCACCUAUUUUGUGUGAGAGCAGGUACAUUCCUAUGACCGGUCAUCCUAAUUGCGAGCAUAUAAAGUCGAAGUUUCUGUCAAUCAUAGGUGCUUGUACUCAGCGUGAUGAGUUAUCUGGUCGUGAUGUUAACUGUUCUGGUUUCAACCUGGAGACUGUGAGCAUCAGUGAUCCUCUUGUGUUUUGCAAGAUGUCAUACAUUUCUUCGUCUGACUCUUCGGGAUCAUCUGUUGGUGGUCGAGUAUCGUUCAAGCACAAUGAGCUAGAGGAAUGCCAGGCACUGUGCGAGAGUUACAAUUCGUGCCAGGGUUUGGCAAAGUCAUUCAACCACCCACGUUUUUGUAUUGACGGCGGUUUCCAGGGUUACUGUACUAGCCGUAUUCAGCGGAUUCACGACGACAGUUACAUUACUCUGUGUCGCAACGUGGUAUUGCCAUUCGUGUUUGCUAACAUGGGUGAUGGGUAUCAGAACUUGUCUAUGAGCAUGUGCCAAAACUCUGAUGCUUCCAUAGAGGGGUCUCUGCUGGGUCAUCGGGACUUUUUAAUGAGCCGUCGUCAGGAGUUGUUGGACACGUUGGCAUCUGAUGAUGGCUACUUGUCCUGGGAGCAGGAUAUGGAGAAGCGUUUUCAGUCCUUGACUGCUAGUGUUGAGCAGCUUGUGAACUUGUUCAACGUUUGCACCAGGUACACGUACAACUUCUUUGGUCUGCCUUACAACUACGACAAUGUUGUGCAUCUCGAGUGCGAGAAGACUGUGAAGCUGUUUGAAGGGUUGUUGUCUGUUGCCAAUGCGCUUCCCAGUGCGUCUAGUGACAUGGUAUCUACUAUAGAGAACAUUGACCCUGUGUUUCACUUUGAGCGUAAGCUCCAGGAAUCUGUGAUUCAUCUGAAGCAUUUUUACUCUUUGCUUACUUCCGGUGCUCAUAGCACCAUUUUGGGCAGUCAGUACUACCGUCCAUUGGAUCGUCGUACGUUUAUGAGUGCUCAAAAGGCAUUAUCGCAAAUUCGUCAGUUGGUGCCUCGGCGUGUAUCUAGUAUCCGCGACUUUCUGCGGUCUCAGGUACCAUUGCUCCGGGACGUGGAUCGUGAGCACCGUGUUCACGAAACUGUGAAUGAGCUUCAGCUGUUAUCAUCACUUCAUGAGAGUCAGCUGCAGUGGCUCAUGCGCCUCAGUGGUAAACGCCCGGGCCGUGCUGUCCUUCGAUCGGUUGAGUGACUUGUUGGCAUCGAAACUUAUGUUAA